UUUGAAGAUCCCGCGCUUUCUAGGCCGCAAAGUCUUAUCUGUGCAAAUCUAACUCAAAUUAAAUAAAAAUGUCAUUACAGACAACCCAAAUUGAUGACGAGCAAAUAACAAUGCUCCGACGGGCCUUCAGUAUGUUCGACUCGAGCAAGCAAGGCCGCAUCGAAAAGGAAAAAGUUAGAACCAUCCUCAAUACAAUGGUGCACAGCUACGAUGACAACGAGUUAGACCAGAUACUUGACAAUGAGGAUUUAGAUGGUUCGGGAAAACUCAACUUCGAUUCAUUUGUACGAGUCGCUACACACUUCCUCAAUGAAGAUGAUGAAGCCUUACAGAAGGAACUCAAAGAGGCUUUCAGACUGUACGACAAGGAAGGCAAUGGCUACAUUCCCACGUCAAGCCUGCGCGAGAUACUGGCAGCGUUGGACGACCAGCUGACCCCGGACCAACUCAAUGAGAUGAUAGCUGAGAUUGACACUGACGCUUCUGGCACUGUUGACUUCGAUGAGUUUAUGGAAAUGAUGACCGGCGAUUAAGAAGAAUUCAUAAGAAAAAACAACUAGUGACGUCACAGCGUAUUUC